CGCCGCCGCUCUUCCGGAGCCCCGCCGCGCGGCAACAUGGGGUCCCUGCCGCGGCGCCUGGAGCUCUUCUACGACGUGCUGUCCCCCUACUCCUGGCUGGGCUUCGAGAUCCUGUGCCGCUAUAAGAACAUCUGGAAUGUCAACCUGCAGCUGCGCCCCAGCCUCAUUGCAGGGAUCAUGAGGGACAGUGGAAACCAGCCCCCAGCCAUGCUUCCACGCAAAGGCAAAUACUUGCUAAAUGAUAUCACUCGACUGGCCAAGCAAAUGCAAGUUCCCCUCCAGGUGCCGAAGGAUUUCUUCGCUGUGAUUCUUCACAAAGGAAGCUUGUCAGCCAUGCGCUUCCUCACUGCUGUGAACCUGGAGCAGCCAGAGAUGCUGGAGAAAGUGUCCCGAGAACUCUGGAUGCGAGUCUGGUCACGGGAUGAAGACAUCACGGAGCCCCAGAGCAUCCUGGCCGCAGCACAGAAGGCUGGCAUGUCUACGGAACAAGCCCGAGGACUUCUGGAAAAGAUCUCAACUCCACAGGUGAAAAACCAGCUCAAGGAGACCACCGACGCAGCCUGCAAAUACGGGGCCUUUGGGCUGCCCAUCACUGUGGUCGAGCUGGAUGGCCAAACCCACAUGCUGUUUGGCUGUGACAGGAUGGAGCUACUGGCACACAUGCUGGGAGAGAAGUGGCUGGGCCCUGUGCCUCCAGCCCCGAGUGCCAGACUUUGAUACCCAGAGGAAGAAACUACUGGAAUAAGCAAGCAGACCAUCAGCUUCCCCCUCCUCCAUGGUGGGACACUGGAACCCCAGUUUCCCUAUCUGACAGGUUCCCCUUUAUUCCUGGGGAUGCCGGGAGGAGGCUGUGGGCACAUCAUGGACAGUGACUCAGGCUGCUCUACCUUCUGGGCCUCACACAUGCCUCACACAUGCUUCCCCACAAUAAAUGUUUAUGCCCUCGGGCAUGAACCCUCGGGUCUGGGUCUUCCCUGAUGUUUGUGUUCUUGUUCCUGAGUCACAUCCUGUCCACUCUGAGUACUUGAGAAGACCCACUCUCCCUGUCCUCCAGCCCCUAUCCACCUCAGCAGCUCUCAUGGAAGGAGCAGAGAGCAGUUCCUUUUUCUCUUCUACAGAAAUUCUCUGUCAGGGACAGAAAACUGGGCUGGAUGGAAUUUGCCACUGACAAGUUUGGCCCUUACCGUCU